AUGGCAGCUAAUCACAACAAAUACCCCAUUUCCUCGAACUCGCGCACGAAAUUGAAUGCCUUCCGCUUCCAGGACGUGGAUGAGAUCUCCAGCAAUGGGACUUGGAAGGACGGGUCCAAACCUGCUCACAGAAAUAAGGAGAAUCAAAGCUCAUGGUUAAAUGGCGUGAUUGAGCCGAUGCAUAAUCCAUCCGAAAAGAGCGACCCUCAGCCUCAGGGGGUUUCAGCUGCUUCUGCGAAGGAACUCAAGCCGGUCAAAGAAUGCCCACAGACUCCCGCGAAUCGAAUCCCUCUGGCGGACUUGAUCAGCAACGCCGAAGACUCAUUUGACCCCGCUCCGGGACCUGAGAUAACACCAGUUGAACAUGUUAUAUGGGAGCAUAUUCCUGCCAGCUCAAACCCCGAUGCAUCGUCUCAAACGCCAGCCAAUCGUCGAAAGAAGCGACGCCACCGCUCAUCUUCGCCGGGUACUCCCUCCCACAGUGCCUCCAAGAAACAGAAAGAACCUUUUGACCUCCAGUCAAUCCAGGCGCUUUUCAAGACCCCUCAGCAUGACCUGGCCGCCGAGUUAUGGAACAAUUACGUGGAUAAGAACAUGGUCGAAGGAUCUGAAGAUUUACCGCCACCUCGCCUCGCGAAUCUGCUUUCUUCUUCACCUCAAACGCCUGCUUCAAGAACAAGCCGGGACUCAUCUGGCUUGAGAAGGUCGAUCAGUUGCGCCGCUGAGUGGCCGACAUCACGAGGAAGAGAAGGCGAGUCCACCAACAAGACCCAGGCUCUGGCCGCGGGUCUGGGUGACACUGAAGCUGUCAAAGAAACCCUUCUCGGUCUGAGCGGCAUCAAUGCUGGGAAUGGUGCGGGCGCUGCAAUCCUAGAUUUAUCUUCUGAAUUCAGCGACGAUGGUCUUGACCAAGACCUCAUGAAUCUAGCUGAUGUCUCGGAAGAUCCUUUCGUCGAGACAGCGUCCAGUCGCAAUGGUUUUGAAUCACUAGGCUCAUCUGCCUGGUCAAAUCUAGCCGCUGAAAAACAACAACCAAGUCACCCAGAACAUGCAGAUGCCGUUGGUAAUCAACGGCCCAUCAUGCCUAAUAUUAUGAAUAACGACCCCAAACACGAUGAAUUAGACGAUUUUGAAGACGACUAUGGUGAUUUUGCCGAUGACUUCCAGGAUAUACUUGCGAAGUGUGAUGAGAAACAACAGAACGCCGCUCCCACAGGAUCCAUUCCUGCAGAACAACAAGCCAUAAAAAGAUCAAAUGUCUCCAUUCUUCCCACAGUGGCAGAGGAUGAAUUUUCCACGGAUGAGUUUGAUGAUGAUUUUGACGUGGAUGCCAUCGAACAAACCUUGAAGCAAAUUAGCCAGGAAGAAGCUCACAACCUCAAAGAUGGAAAAGCCAUAAAACGAUACCAGAUCAUUGAUACUGCCGAAAAAUUGUAUGUCACGCCGAAAGGACGUACCCAGCCCGAGCAGGUGCUAUGCGUCGAGGAUGAAAAGACAAGAACCCGCAAGGUUAUCAUUUUGCGCGAGUCUUGGUUUGAUACGCCUUGUAGCAAAGACUCAUAUAUCCAUCUAGUUGGAGACUUUGACUUGUCGGGCCAAUGCGUCGUUGAUAACACCAAACACAUGAUCAUUCUCCAUCCCGACCAUCUCAUUUCUGCUACUGUCGUGGCAGACUCGAUUGAUUGUCAGCGUCGGGCUGUUCUCCAGGAUCGUGUAAAAGCAUUCGGCCAGCUGGAGAAGCCGCAAGCAUUUGGUGUCUUCUUUCAUGAAGUCUUCCAAGAGGCAUUGCAGGCUAAUAAAUGGGAUUUGGGUUCGUUGAAGUCGGUGGUUGUGUCUGUCAUGGAGAAGCACAUAGAAGAGUUGUACUCGAUUAACAUGAGCGUCGCCGAAGCUGUGGCGGAGAUCAUGGGCAAGAUUCCGACCGUUCAAGCUUGGGCAAAUGUCUUUCUCCAAGCCACACCCCAGGCCAACUCCCUGGUGGAGGACCGCAACAGCUCCAAACUAAAUCUCAGCAUCAAUAAGUUGCUCGAGGUAGAAGAGCACAUCUGGUCACCGAUGUAUGGACUCAAAGGCAACAUUGACGCCACAGUUCAGGUUACCUCUCGUGGACAAGAUGGAGAUCAAAACCUCUUAGUUCCUCUGGAAUUGAAGACUGGAAAGCGAGACACGAACCAGGCCCAUCGGGCUCAAACAGCCCUCUACACUCUUCUGCUGUCGGACCGCUAUGAUGUCGAUGUCAAUUUCGGGUUGCUGUAUUACCUGGAGAACUCAAGAACCCUCAGCAUACGCGGCAUUCGGCAUGAGCUUUUACAGAUGAUACAAGUGCGAAAUCAAUUAGCAGGAUACAUUCGUGAAAGAUUGUUGCUGCCACCAAUGCUCAAGAAGGCGCGCAUGUGCAACAGAUGCUACGCGAAAACCCCUUGUCUGAUCUAUCACAAGCUAGCUGAAGAUGGAGAUGGCGAGACGAGUGCACUUGGUGAAGACUUUGAACUGGCUACCAGUCACUUAAAUCAUGGCGAUCGUGAUUUUUUCCGGAAAUGGGAUGAACUUCUCACGAAAGAGGAGGGCAAUCUGGUCAAGUUCCGAAGAGAGCUGUGGACCUUGCUGAGCAGUGAGCGAGAGCCCCUGGGCCGAUGCUUUGGUGAUGUCGUGAUUGAUCCCCGUUCUGCUUGCGAAGAGCCUAAUGGAACAAAAAUAAACCGCUAUCGUUAUACCUUUUUCAAGCGGCGGCCGCGUCCAAGCUUUUCUUUUGCAGAGUCGCAAAUUUCUGUUGGUGAGCCGAUCGUGGUCUCAGACCAAAAAGGCCACUUCGCGUUGGCAAAUGGUUAUGUUAUUCAAUUGAGCGCAUCGCACAUCACAGUCGCGGUUGAUCGGAAGCUGCACAAUGCAAGAGCACGCACCGUCGGCUUUGACGCAGUUAAAAAUCAGUCUUUCCGAGGAAUCAUGGAAAUUGGGAGCGGCGAUCCCUCUGAUCUCGAAAACCCCGAUGAAGAGAUGGUAUAUCGAAUCGACAAAGAUGAAUUCAGCAAUGGUAUGGCUAUCGUCCGGAACAAUCUUAUUUGCCUGAUGGACAAGGACCUGUUCCAAGCAAGGAACCUCAGACGCCUCAUCGUCGAAGGCCAGCCACCUGUCUUCAAGACUAGUUCCUCGGCGAAUAAGCUACCUGAUCCCGGCAGCCUCAACGUUGAUCAGAAAGAGGCUAUUACUAAGGUCAUGAGUGCGAAGGAUUACGCCCUGGUCUUGGGCAUGCCUGGAAAGAGUGUAUUGCUGACCUCUUACACCCACACGGCUGUUGACAAUAUCCUGCUGAAGAUCCGCGAUGACAACAUUCGUGUUCUGCGCAUUGGGGCUGCCACCAAAAUCCAUCCGGAGGUCCAACAGUUUGCAGACCUGGCGGCAAUCCCCAAAAAGACCAUCGAAGAGCUUAAAGACUCCUGGGAGAAACCACAGGUCGUGGCUACCACUUGCCUUGGUGUCAACCACAGCAUCUUCAAUCAACGGAUCUUUGACUAUUGCAUUGUUGAUGAGGCAUCGCAAAUCACACUCCCUGUUUGCUUGGGCCCAAUUCGCAUGGCAAGAACUUUCAUCUUGGUGGGUGACCACUACCAACUUCCUCCACUGGUACAGAACAAGGCAGCCCAGGAAGGAGGACUUGAUGUCAGUCUCUUUAAGCUCCUCUCUGACGCGCAGCCCGACUCGGUGGUCAACCUAGAGCAUCAGUAUCGUAUGUGCGAGGAGAUCAUGCUACUCUCGAACACUCUCAUCUACUCCGGUCGUCUAAAAUGCGGUACGCCUGAAGUUGCGGCCCGCUCCCUCGAUGUCCCGAACAUCAAUGCCUUGAAGCAAUUCCAUGCGGAUGGAUUCCACUCUUCUCAGCACCCACAUGACAUCUGUCCUGGGCCAAGCCAAGGUCAUUGCUGGCUGAAGGAUCUCAUCGAACCCUCUGCCAAGACUCUUCUGGUAAAUACAGACACUCUUGGAGCUGCUGCCCUAGAGAAUGCGCAGGGGCAGCGCGUGGUCAACCACAUGGAGACCAUACUCUGUUCUCAACUUGUAGAAGCGUUCAUCGCCAGCGGCAUCCCGGCCCGCAACAUCGGCGUUAUCACUUUCUACCGCAGUCAGCUAGCCCUACUUCGCCAGAAGCUUCGCAAAUACACACCCGACCUUGAGAUGCAUACCACGGACAAGUUCCAGGGCCGUGACAAAGAAGUCGUCAUCCUCAGCUGUGUUCGCAGCAACUCCGAAAAUCACGUCGGAGAUCUUCUGCGCGACUGGCGCCGAGUAAACGUCGCUUUCACCCGUGCCCGCACCAAGCUCCUGGUCGUCGGCAGCCGAUCAACGCUUCGCGACGGCAACGACCUCCUGUACAAGUAUGUUCGCCUGGUAGAAGGCAAGGGUGGGUAUACAACUUGCCGGAUCACGCGGCCGAGAGCCACGUUUUUGAUUCCGCGCUUGAGUCGACACAACUGCCAUACUUGUCUCCUGUGA